AUGUGCACCACAAUGGAGACCGUUUACUCUGACGUGGACAGUUCGAGUUGCGACUACUUUACGCACGAUGACGAAGACUCGUGCAGCAGCAUGCACGCUUCCUCCCCGUCAUCCUCGAUCGGCAAGCCCGCAUCCCCUGCUAGCGACAGCCAGGGCCCGUGCGCUACCGAUAUGGGACAGAAGAAGAGACGCAGAGGCAGAGCGAGGAAUGAAGCCACCGUGCACGUGGUCAAGAAGAACCGGCGCGUAAAGGCAAACGACCGCGAGAGAAACAGAAUGCACAGCCUGAAUGACGCUUUGGAGACCCUCCGGACCGUUCUACCGGCGUUCCCCGAUGACAGCAAACUCACCAAGAUCGAGACUCUGCGCUUCGCUCACAACUACAUCUGGGCGCUCUCCGAGACCAUACGCAUCGCGGACAUUGAACAGCGCCAAAACAAAUCACGGGCAGAUGCGUCUCUCUUGGUUCCCAGCCCGUGCGUGAUUGACGCGCCGAGUCCGGGCAGUGAUGCAUGCUCCUGGAGCUCCAGCGCGUCCUCCUCUUCCUCCUCUCCGUCUUAUUGCACUUCAAGCCCCAGCAGCCCAGCCACCCAUGAUGACUAUGGAUGUUUCCAGACUGAUGUUCUACAGUACAGCUAUCACAACUUUGUACCAGGCAUGUCCUACUAAC